AUGACUGAAGAAACGACAAAACCUACAAAGACUCCACCGGCAGUCACGCCUAUGGAUAUGUCUACCCCUACUUCCACUGUAAGUAAUACUUCCUCAAACUCUAGUUCCAACCAUAACAACAACAACAAUAGCAAUUUUGCUCCAAGACAAAACAAUAAUAACACUAGUAACUAUAACAACUAUAAUAAUAGAAAUAGGUCAUAUAAUGGAUCAAGACAAUCUUAUUCAAAAAAUUUUAACAACAGUAACAGUAGCAAUAACAGUUAUAAUCAUAACUAUAACAAGAAUUCACCUAAUGGAUACUCCCGUUAUACUAAUGUGAAGAGUAGAUCAAAUAGUUAUAAUAAUAGCACCUAUACUAGUCCAAAAAACAAUACAAAUAGAUUUAAUAAUGGUAGCAGAUUUAAUAAUUUACAGUAUUAUAAUAGUAAUAAUAAUGGCAAUAACGCUAGUCCAAAUAUGAUAAUCUCGGGAAGUGAAGAUAUGAUGAAUCAACCACAAACAAGUAUGGCAUGGUCAGGUUAUUAUAUACCUCAAAUGUAUUAUAUUCCACAACAAAUGGCUGCAGUUGCAACUGCCAUGGUCUCUGCAAGUACAAAUAAUACGAAAAAUAAUAGAGGACAAACAGAUCUUUCUGAAAAUAACAGUAAUAAUAGUUCCAAUAUUUCUUCUCAUGCAGUAUCUCCACAACUCAAUGGUGCAUCCUUGAAUUCCGUGGUUCCAACAGUCAGAUCUAGUAAAGCAUCACAUCUAAUGUCGAAUAAUAAUAAUAAUAAUAAUAAUAACAUAAAUGCUAAUAUCCAAAACAUUUCAUCAAACAAUUUGUCAUCCCCUAAUUUGUCUAAUUUUACCUCUUUUGCUUCCCCACCAAAGAAAACGACCAUUGAAAUUACUACAAAAAGUGGCCAAAAAUUAGAUUUGAAUCAAAUUCAUAAUCAAUAUAAGUUAUCAUCUUCCUCUGGAACCAAUAAUAGGGAAAAUUCUAACUCUGGCUCUAUUGUAAAUGAAUAUGAAAAGAAGGAUACUAAUGCAACAAAUGAUAAUGCCCAUAAUACGGAAACCAACAAAGACAUGCAGGAUGUAGAAUCUGAAGCUGAGAAAAACAAAAAGGCAUUUUUGGAACAAGUUAGAUUACGAAAAUUGGAAAUGGAUAAAAAGAAACAACUAGAAUCACAGUCUCAUCCAGGGACAAAAAGUAACGAAAUUGAAAAUGAUUUAACUCAAGAUGAUGAGAAGUCUGAAUCAACAGAAGAUAGCCAGGUAGAAGAAGGUAAUAAACUUGAGGAACAAGAGUCUGAACAUGUUAUAACUUUUGCUGAAAGAAUGAAAUUAAAAAAACGUACCCAAGAGAUUGAGCAUACUAAUUCUAAUAUUACUCACUCUUCUAGUAGAGAUAUAUCAACCAAAUCAGAUAUAACCACAGAAGUGGAUUCUAACCAAUCUCGUGAAAAACAAGAGGAUGCUAUGAUAAAAUCAUCUGAUGAUAGCGAAACCAAUAAAGAUAUAAGUAUCUUACAAGAUAACCAAGAAACUAUUACUAAUGAUGAAAGUAAUGAUGAUGAUAAUGAUGAUCGCAUGAGUAUAACUGAAUUUAUGGAAAAAAUAAAAAAUGCAGAUCCAAUUUACGAUAUUUAUUCAUUCAAAUAUCCAGAAGAUAUUGAGACACCAAGUGAAAAAUAUAAGAAACCACAUAUUAAAUAUACUUAUGGCCCCACUUUUCUUUUACAAUUUAAAGAUAAAAUCAAUUGUAAGCCAGAUAGGGAAUGGAGCGAGGCUACAAAAUCUAAGAUUGUAAUUUUACCAACCAUGGCGAAACAAAGAACUAGAGUAAACUUUGCUGGUGGUUCUGAAAACACAAGAGCUGGCUCUUCCAGAAACUUAGAAAGUAGGGCAAACUCUAGAGUAAACCCUAAGAGGCAAUUGUCAAAGAGAGGAGAUGAUAGAAGAUCGAACAGACCAACAUAUACACCAAGACGUGAAAGAAUGGAGAAUCCAUCCAGGCACGAUACAAGAAGAGAAUCUAUGAACAUGCCACCGCAAGAAAAACCAGAACAACCAAAGGAGGAAGUAGCACCAUUAGUUCCCAGUGCUAAUAGAUGGGUUCCAAAAUUCAAGGCCAAAAAGACAGAAAAGAAAUUGGCUCCAGAUGGUGUCACUGAAUUGUUUGAUAGUGAGGAGGUGCAAAGAAAAAUGAAAUCAUUAUUGAACAAAUUGACACUUGAGAAGUUUGAUCCAAUUUCCACGGACAUAAUUAAUAUUGCUAAUCAGUCGCAAUGGGAAACUAACGGUGAGACUUUAAGAAGUGUUAUUGAACAAAUAUUUUUAAAAGCAUGUGAUGAACCAUACUGGUCUUCCAUGUAUGCUCAACUUUGUGGUAAGAUUGUAAAAGAUUUAAAAACAGGAAUUAGUGAUGAAAAUAAUACCGGUAAAUCUGGUCCAAAAUUAGUUUUACAUUAUUUAGUAGUUAGAUGUCAUACUGAAUUUGAAAAGGGUUGGACAGAUAAGCUGCCUACAAAUCCAGACGGUUCACCAUUAGAACCAGAAAUGAUGUCUGAUGAGUAUUAUGCCUUGGCUGCUGCUAAAAGAAGAGGUCUUGGUUUAGUACGGUUCAUUGGGUUCCUAUACCGUCUGAAUUUACUGACUGGUAAGAUGAUGUUUGAAUGUUUCCGUAGAUUGAUGAAAGAUCUUACUGAAAAUGUAAGUGAAGAAACUUUAGAAUCAUUAGUAGAAUUGUUAACUACUGUCGGUGAACAAUUUGAAAACGAUUCAUUUAGUACUGGCAAAGGGACAUUGGAAGGUUCUGUCUUAUUUGAUAAAUUAUUCCAAUUAAUACAGUCUAUAAUUGACGAAGGAAAGAUAUGUAAUAGAGUUAAGUUUAAAUUAAUUGAUGUUAAAGAGUUGAGAGAAGAUAAAAAUUGGAAUAGUGAGAAGGCAAACCAAGGCCCUAAGACCAUUCAACAAAUUCACGAAGAAGAAGAAAAAGCUCGUCAAGAAAAAAUUACAAGUUCAAGAGCCCCAUCCAGACGCACUAAUACAUCUAAUUACAACCGUAGUGAGAGGUCAGGUGGAUUUAAAAGAGAUAUGUCUAGGGAUAAUUUCAAUAAUAAUUAUUAUUCAUCUAAUACUAUAUCUAGUAAUUACAGCAGCAGAAAUUCACAAUUUUCUAAUGUUGGUGGAACUCAAAGAUAUAAUACAAGAAAUAUUAUUAAGGAAGAAAAACCUGCACCUACACAACCAAUCAAUAGAUUUGAUGCUUUAUUACACGCCACUGGAGACGAAUAG